AGUAAACACGAGCAUGAGCCUGGUGAUCGAGUAAACAGUAGCUGGGGUAUCAUCGUGGUAAUCAAGGAUGGCUGAUGACAUAGAUGAUUUAUUAGAUGAGGUCGAAACUAAAUACUGUACACGCGGAAAAUCUACAACGGGAUCCCACAAAAGAAUAACUACCAAUAAACCCAGGAACAGAGCCAAAUUAGAUGAUGACAUUGAUGACAUUCUCAAAGAUGAUGACGACAUUCCACAGCUGAAGCAUCUCGAUAUAGGCAGUAAGACCUCAGCAGAUGGUGAAGCCAACCAGCGGUCACAAUCUUCUCGAAAAUGCUUUCCAGUAUAUUUAGGUGGAAGUUCUUGUGCUUUGGGCUCAGCCUCAAGUGUAAAUAAACGGGCUUGUGACAAGCUAAGGUGUACGUCAUGUGACUUCCGUGUGUCACAGUUUGACAACUUUGAAUGGCUUACAAGUACAGACUAUCUGUUUCUCAGGAACAAUGUACCAGAUUUUGAUAAACUGAAAUCUAAGCUUAAAGCUCGUAAAGGCAUGAGGGCGUACUGUUGCCAGUGUUGCUGGAGGUCUGUUCAGGAUCUUGGGGAGUUGAAAGACCCCAAGUUGAAGUGGGUGUGUGGCAAGCAUUGACGCAGACCAGGCUCUAGAUGACAGAUUCCAGAUCAUUCCGUCCCAUUGGCCACCAUGAUACAACCAUCACCAACCAUUUCUUCUGGAAUUGUUUGAUAUACGUUUCUCAGACGUUGACGCAUGACCAGAUAGACACAAUAUAUGGAUAACAACUUCUUUAUUAUACGGUUAUAGUGACAUUCAGUAUCUUCUUGCUGCUUGACAACAGUAUAAAGACCUAUACCCAAACGUUCUAUAACAGUAUAUUGAAGUUGUUUUCCAUAAAUUGUGUCUACUUUGUUAUUUCUUCAUGACUAUAGCAUCACUGAGGCAGUUUUUCAUGAACACUGAAUAGUGACUUCAAGAAACUUUAUCUUUUGUUCGUGAAAUCUUGACUGUAGCCAAUUUCAGAGGUUGUGGACUAUUAUAAUAAUAAUAAUAAGUGCUUUUAUAAUGCGCCAGAUUCCAUUCACCAAGUGGAUGCUCAUAGCGCUACACUAUUAUUACCCCGGUCAAAGGAUCAAUGAGCACUCAAUUUUCAUUCCCAGUUUCCUGGGGAGUAUACAACCCAAGCUUUUGUGAAAAUGCGCUUCUUGACAAGGCAAAAUUAUUUUAUUUUACGGUCCUUAGGCCAAUGUGAUACUGUAUUGCUUGCAUUAAACCAAGCACCAGAUUGGUUUAUGCAUAUAUAUGUAUACAGUAAACUAUGGUUAGAACGAACCCAAAGGGAUCACUACUUAUCCCCCCGGCAUAUAAUGCGGGGGUAUAUAGCGAUCAGCCAGUCUGUCUUUCCGUUUGUCUGUCCGUCCGUAAUCAUUUCCUUUUCCGGGGCAGAACUCAAAAAUAAUUCAGUGUAUUUG